UCAUGCAUUUUUUCCGGGUGCGGCACCCGGCACCGAAUGACAGCCAUUCACAGCUCAACUUAUCGGAACUUGUGGUUAUAGGUUAUAAUUUCUUCGAAGCUCUCAUUUUUAUUCCAGGCUUUCAAUCUCAAUUUCAAAGGAUUCCCUUAAGUGCCAAUAAGCGGAAGAAGAAGAAGAAGAAGAAGAAGAAGACAGCUCAACUUAAAGGAAAUAACCGCUGUGAUGAGAACCACGGAAGAGCAUUUCGGAAUAAUCCUCGAUUAUAGCGAGCAUCAUAGCGAGCUAAUAACGAAUAAAUUUGUCGGAGCCAGAGGCAAAGAAAAUUUGCACCGACAGUGGCAAGAGUUGGUGGACGUUUUGAAUGCCCUGCAGACUGAGACGAGGACAGUAAAACAAUGGAAACAGGUUGUCGCAGACUGGAAAUGCCGGGUAAAGAAGCAGUAUGCUGAAUUAAAGAAAGACUUCACAGCUACUGGAGGUGGGGUCCCGGUGAUGGAAAACCUCACAGAUCAGGAGAUACGCCUCCUAAAUAUAAUGGGCAUGACUGCAGCAGAUGGGGACGAAGGGCUACAGGAAUACGGCUUGGAAUUUGAAGAGACUGACGAAGUUAUUGAGGUUCUCUCCGCAGAGGAUACAGAAAGUCCGGGUACCAGCCAAAAUAAGAGGCCCCGAUCUGCCUCACUGCCGAACCACUCGGAGUCGUCCAGCCAGCGAGCGCGUUUAUCUUCCGAGUUAGUGGACAGUAUUAGUGAAAUGAACAAUAAAUCUUUGAGUGUCCUGAAUGACAUUAAUGGAAAUUUAAAGCGAAUCGCGGAUUGUUUGGAAAUUAUUGUGAAACGCGCGUUUCCGGAAUAAUAAAUGAUAAAUAUACAAAUACAUGUUUAUAGAUGUGUAUAUAACAAAAAGGCCAUGUAAUAUAUUACAGAAAUAAUCUAUACAUAUUAUAUAUA